UUGGAUGGGGGUUUGCGUUCCCUCUCAGUGUCACCGCUGAUCCACCUGGCAUGUUUAUUGGCUCUUCUGCGUGCAGGGCCCCUGGGAGACCCAUAGAGGACUGGGCCCCUCAGCCCACCCCGGCCACCCCUGCCCGCCCGACUUCUCUGGGGGAGAGGUCUCCCCCUGCGCCCAGGCAGCCCCUGCCCCUGGCAGGUGACCCAGCUCCCUGUGGCCUGGGACUAGGAGAUGGGGCUGGACCGAGGCCUGGAAGGGGCAGGAAGUGGAGGGGAGUGAGGCAGCUGCAGCCUGAUGCCGGCGCCUUGAACUGGGCUCUCGCGCCUGUCAGCAGCUGGGUGCCAGCGCCUCCCCACCACGUGAUCCUCGGAGGGCCUGUGGGGGAGGGGCGGGCUCCAGGAGCGGCUGCAGAAGGCGAGCCCCAGGAGGGUGUGUGCGUUUUCCCGGGAGGGGUCUGCAGCUUUCAUGGUUUCUAAUGGGAUCCCUGAUUCCGAAAGGUGCCGGCAUGAACUCGCUCUGCAUCUUCACAAAGCAUGAAGUCAUGGGGACUGGACCGCGUGUGCGUGGAGGAAGCUCCCCUGGUCACUGGCUGCAUUUUCAUCUUACAGCUGGGCAACAUGGCUGACAAGGCGAAGCCCGCCAAAGCUGCCAACAGGACGCCCCCCAAGUCCCCGGGGGACCCCUCGAAGGACCGGGCGGCCAAGAGGCUGUCGCUGGAGUCGGAGGGUGCCGGUGAGGGUGCAGCAGCGGCCCCCGAGCUCAGUGCCCUGGAGGAGGCCUUCCGGCGCUUUGCGGUGCACGGGGACACCAGGGCCACGGGGAGGGAGAUGCAUGGCAAGAACUGGUCGAAGCUGUGCAAGGACUGCCAGGUGAUCGACGGCAGGAACGUGACGGUCACCGACGUGGACAUCGUCUUCAGCAAGAUCAAAGGCCAAGAAGAUGACCACCUUUGAGUAUCUCAUUAAGACCCGCAAAGAAGCGAGUUCAAAACACCAAGCGGCGAGGAAAGAUCCAUGUGCGCAAAUAGAGGACGGAUUUCUCCAGGCUGCAACAAGAAAGAAGACAGCCCAUGAAAAGCGACAGUGGUGAAAGUGAAGCCUGAGAUUCAGUGAAACGGCUGAGGAGUAGCAGAGCCCGAGAAGUGGAGCUGGACACUUGGCUGAAGCGUCAACUUGCAAAUCAUCUGCAAACAACUGACAGCUGCUGUGGACAUCCUUCCAUGUGAGCAUCAAAUGGAGCCGUGGACUCCCUGCCGUGAGCAACAGUGGCUAACGGUGAUGGACACAAGCGGUGUCUUUGCCCAUUGGUGUUACUACAAAGAGACACUUGACCCUGGGUAAUUUGUAAAGAAAAAAAGUGUAUUUGGCUUGUGAUUCUGAUGGCUGAAAAGUUCAUGAUUGAGCUGUGUAUGUGGUGAUGGUCUCAGUCUUCUUCCGCCAACAGCAGAAGGUGAAGGGAGCUGACAUGUGUAGAGAUCACAUGGAGAGAGGGGAGGCGAAGGGGUGGAGGAGGCUCCAGGCCCUUUUCUACAAGAGCCCAUGGGUUGGUUAGAGCAAGAACUACUGGAGCUGAACUCACUCCCUUCAGAGGGAGGGCUUUAAUCUCUUCAUAAGGAGUCCACCCCCAUGACACAAACACCUCCUGUGAGGCCCCAUCUCCAACACUGGAGAUCAAAUUUCAACAUAAGGUUUGGAAGGGUCAGAUGUCCAAACCAUAGCAAAGAGCAAGUUCCCAUGGCAGAGCUUGAUUAGUGAUUGAAACAAGAUGAUUCAGUGUGUUUUAUGGAAGCUCAAACUCAGCCAACCACAGCUUGUCUGCUGAAGUUACUGAUAAUUGCAUGUUCUUUAUCGUUUGCAUUAUGUUUGAAUGAGGCUAAAUCAUUUCUAAAGCAUGUGGUCUUCCUAGGGUGCUUUUGAAAUGAUUUAGCCUCAUUCAAAAAAAAAUAUUCACCACUAAGGUUUUAAGCAAACGUUGGCUGUGAUAACAUCUUACCGUUGUGAAUUACUGUAGCCCACAUGAAACACUUCUUCAGUAUACCUUCCCCUUCUCAAAGUGCCUGCGGGUAGGAGUCAGUCACUCCUAUCUCUAGAAAAGUAGAUGAUGGCUAAGAGAGUUGUCUGAUUUUUAUGUAAUCCCAGCAAGGACUUAAGGUAGAUUUUAAAGAUCGUGGAAUACAGACUGAUGGCAUAAAGGGAAAAGGAAGGGGAAAGAAAGAAGGUAGUGAUAUGAAGCCUGAGGUUCUAGUCAUGUGGCAAGUCACUUACGAGGAUCGGACAACAAUGCUCUAAAAACUGAGGAAGUUAGGGGGUUGUGUGUGUGCGUGCGUGUCCGAGGAAGUUAGGGUUGUGUGUGUGCGCGUGUGCGUGUCCGCAUCCAUGUGAGUGCGAGAAGUUAGGGGGUGUGUGCGCGUGCGUGUCCGCGUCCAUGUGAGUGUGAGUCUAAGUAUUCUUAAAGGCAUCAAUGAACUGAGGCGACAUAAGGAAUUUUCAGGCCGGGGCUGAAGGCACAGAGGAACCCAGAGAGAAACCCAGUGGGGAGUGCAGCUGGCCUUUGCCCCGAGGGCGUUUGGGAAACCUGGUGAACUUCAUUUUCAGCUUUACAAGAGACAAAAAGAGAAGAUCAAGCUGGGAGCACAGCCACAAUGGCAAGCCAAUCAGUAAUCUCUUAAAGUUGGCACCCCCAGAUGGCGGUACCCUCAUUGCAGUGGCAAAGUAGAAGCAACUCACUUCUCCACCGACAAAGAAAUCAGGAGUGAUCAGUCAUCUCGAGCCCUAGAGCUGAAAGAAAGAGAGAAAAAACACUGCCGAGUAUUUGGAGCAACAGGUUGUCCCUAACUGUGUGCGAGGUGAGUGACCGAAACUCCCCAAGCGGAGAGUUUAAUGUAGAGUGGUUGUGCACUGAUCAUCCUCGCAGGGGCAAGCAUCAUUCCUUCAGAGUAAACCAGACUUC